CACGGCCAAGACUGCAGAGAGGCAGAAAGUUUCGGGGCAACCCCUACCGAAGCUAGGACUGCGCCACCCCCUGCGGGGAUAUGGAGCUGCUGUCGCCGCCACUCCGAGACGUAGACUUGACUGGCCCCGACGGCUCCCUCUGCAACUUUGCCUCCGCGGAUGAUUUCUAUGAUGAUCCGUGUUUCGACUCCUCCGACCUGCGAUUCUUCGAGGAUCUGGACCCGCGCCUCGUGCACGUGGGCGCGCUCCUGAAGCCCGAGGAACACUCGCAUUUCCCUGCGGCCGUGCACCCGGCGCCAGGCGCGCGCGAGGACGAGCAUGUGCGCGCUCCCAGCGGGCACCACCAGGCUGGCCGCUGUCUGCUGUGGGCCUGCAAAGCGUGCAAGCGCAAGACCACUAACGCCGACCGCCGCAAGGCCGCCACCAUGCGCGAGCGGCGCCGCCUGAGCAAAGUCAACGAGGCUUUCGAGACGCUCAAGCGCUGCACGUCCAGCAACCCGAACCAGCGACUGCCCAAGGUGGAGAUCCUGCGCAAUGCGAUUCGCUACAUCGAAGGGCUGCAGGCGCUGCUGCGCGACCAGGACGCCGCGCCCCCUGGUGCCGCUGCUGCCUUCUACGCGCCUGGCCCGCUGCCCCCAGGCCGUGGCGGCGAACACUACAGCGGCGACUCAGACGCGUCCAGCCCGCGCUCCAACUGCUCCGACGGCAUGAUGGACUACAGCGGCCCCCCGAGCGGUGCCCGGCGGCGGAACUGCUACGAUGGCACCUACUACAGCGAGGCGCCGAGCGAACCGAGGCCCGGGAAGAGUGCUGCGGUAUCGAGCCUCGACUGCCUGUCCAGCAUCGUGGAGCGCAUCUCCACCGCGAGCCCCGCCGCGCCCGCGCUUCUGCUGGCGGAUGCGCCGCGGGAGUCGUCUCCCGGCCCACAAGAAGAGGCCGCGCAGAGCGAGGUCGAGCGCGGCGCCCCCACCCCUUCCCCGGACGCCGCCCCGCAGUGCUCAGCUGGCGCAAACCCCAACCCGAUCUACCAGGUGCUCUGAGGGGGUGGGCGGCCCCAUGGGAGGGCUCCGCUGCCUGCGCGCCCGAGGGAUGGUGCCCCUAGAGUCCCUCGCGCCCAAAAGAUCGAGCUUAAAUGCCAACCCCCACUCCCAACCGCGCUUUAAAAGCGACCC